AUGGCUGCUGCCAACGAAGAGUCGUCCAAGCCGACUGUGAACGGAUCUGGAGAUCCUCACGCGACCACCGAUGCCAAUGGAAGCGAAGCAUUGACCAAUGGUGCAUCAGACAAGACAGAGAAGCCAGACGGCGAGGAUACAGAGGCUGCGCCAACAGUAGAGAAUGUGUUCCAGCUUACCAUCAAGCUGCCGCGUGCACCGCACCAGACGGAAAUCACGGUCUCCACGCAAGAGCAGGUGCAGGACAUCCGGCAGUCGAUCGUGGACACCCCACAAACCUUCCAGUACUCAUGCUUCCACCUCGAGCAUCAGGGCAAGCGGGUCAAUGACUUUGUAGAGCUCUCUGAAAUCUCCGGGAUCGUGGAAGAUCCCGUAUUCCAGCUCGUUGAGGAUCCAUACACCGAGGCGCAAGCCCGGAUGCACAUUGUGCGUGUUCGCGAGCUGAUCGGAGCUGCUGGCAAUCGCACUGAUCUAGUUGUCGGGGUCGAUGCUGGUAUAAGCCUGUGCGAUGGCGUGGAGUUGCCAGAGAGCCAAUCUGGAAAGGAGGAGUCCAGCCCGGUAGUAGACUACAAUCUCAGCACGCCUGGCUCCGUCACCACGCUACUGGCAAAGCGUCGGGAAGCGGCUCCGAAGACUGUUAAGAAUCUGUCGCUGUCGCCAUGGAAUGCGCCGCCGUAUCACCUCCGCAUGCGCGGCCAUCUGCUCUAUCUCCAGGUCACAACCAACGAAGGCGAGCAACACUCCAUCACUUCGCACGUGUCUGGCUUCUACGUCAACAAGUCUACAAACAACAAGUUUGACCCAACGCCACGGAGCUCUCCCAAGUCUGCAUUCGCCCACUCCCUCGUCAACCUCCUGAGCGAGCUUUCCCCCUCAUUCGAUGCUUCAUUCCAGCGCCUGCAAGUAUACAAUGGACAGCGCGACCCGCUCGCAUCUUACCAGCUAUCAAACUGCCUCCCCGCAGCGCCCUGGAUCGUGUCGCCUGCGUCUGUGCAGCAACACCAGCCUGACAUUACCCGCACCCAAGAGACCUUCCUAUUGGGUGGCGCUGACAAUGCAGAAACACUUCGRGAUUGGAAUGAGGAGUUCCAAUCGACCCGGGAGUUGCCAAAAGAGACGGUGCACGAACGCGUGUUUCGCGAGCGUCUGACAUGUAAGCUCUUCGCUGAGUACAACGAGGCCGCUGUACGUGGUGCCUGUCUCGUGGCGAGAGGAGAAAUACAGCCCCUGAAUCCGACUGAGAGCAGGGAUGCUCAGAUCUUUGUCUACAACAACGUAUUUUACUCUUUUGGUGCUGAUGGCGUCGGUACAUUUGCAAGCGAUGGAGGCGAUGAAGCCGCGAGAGUGGCGACUGGAAAAGAUGUCAAGGGUGUCAAGGCUGUGAAUCAGCUGGACAUCACGGGCCUCUUUACUCCUGGCACAGUCGUCGUCGAUUACCUGGGAAAGCGUGUUGUUGGACAGAGCAUUGUCCCUGGUAUCUUCAAGCAGCGGGAACCCGGCGAGAACCAGAUCGACUACGGCGGCGUUGAGGGCAAAGACGUCAUUGCCACACACGAAGGCUUCGUGCAGCCUUUCCAGGAGCUCAGCGUAGCGAUGCGAGUCAAGAAGCACGCUGUCUGGGACAAGGAGGACAACAGACACGACCUCGAGGCAAGCGUGGAGACCAAAGGUCUUCUCGGUACCGACGGCCGCAAGUAUAUCCUUGAUCUGUACCGCGUGACCCCAUUGGACAUCUCGUGGAUCGAGAAGCACCGUGAACAUGACCAGACUGAAGAGAGCCGAUACCCCCACCGCAUGACCGUCCUACGGCCAGAGCUCGUUGAGCUGUAUCGCGUGUCGAAGAUGCGGGAUUACAUAAACGAACAGCUGGCGAAGAAGCGUGCGAGCUCGACUGAAGACGCCAGCAAGGCAUCCUCCAGUGGCGAACCUGACGUGAAUGGAAGUGCUGAGGAAAAGGUUGGCGAGACCGCCACGAAGGAAGAGCAGAGCUCGAAUGUCGACGGCGAUGUCGAGAAGAAGACGGAGGAUGUAGAGAGCAAGCCACAGCCACAAGAUCAGGUCGAUCUCACCGGGUUUUCUUUCUCGUUGAACCCCGAUGUUUUCAGUGGCCAGAGACCCCAGGAGCCUGAAGAGAAGGCGGAGUGGGAGCAAGAUGCGGAAGAUGUGCGUACCGUGUGUACGUACCUGAGCACCGAGGUGCUUCCACGACUGGUCAAAGAUCUCCAAGAGGGUGAUGUUGGCUUCCCCAUGGACGGCCAGAGCCUCGUCCGCGAGAUGCAUAGACGAGGCAUCAAUGUUCGCUACCUCGGCGAGAUCGCACGCCAGUGUGAAGCGAACACAUCAAACCAUAGGUUGCAGGCCUUGAAACAUCUUUGCCAGCAAGAAAUGGUCAGCCGAGCCUUCAAGCACAUCUGUAACAAGGAGAUGCGAGCUCUUCCGCCAGUCUUUGCUCAGAGCUGCGUCGCCCACAUGCUCAACUGCUUACUUGGGGCUGACCUCAACUCUUCGCCGAAAGCGGAGAUCGAGGAAGACUUGAAGUCGCUUUAUUCCGACACGUCCUUUGACUUCGAGAAGAUGGAUCCUGAAAAAUUGGGCUCAGAAAUCAAGAGACAAGUUUACUUGCGCUACCGGUUCGAGCUUCAGGAUGAGCUUGUGCAGAAGUCCAAGCAACCGCAGAUGCUCCGUGAGAUCUCCAGAAAGAUGGGCCUUCAAUUUGAAGCCAAGGAGUACGAUUAUACCAAGACUGAGGGUGCAUCUGCACCGGCGCUACAGGAGAAGAAAUCCAGCGAGUCAUUUGGCACGCAGAAGAACGGCAACGAGGGUAGCAAGAAGAGCAAGAGCAAGAAGAAACAUGCGGACAACGGCACCAACGGUGUUGCGCCACCGUCUCCAGUAGCAGCUUUGGCGACGUUCCACCCUGAGAAUAUUGUCAAUGUUGUACCUAUCGUCAAAGAAGCGUCGCCGCGCAGUGUGCUGGCAGAGGAAGCCUUGGAAGCCGGUCGCAUGAGCAUCCAGCAAGGCCAGAGAGAACUCGGACAAGAGCUUCUUCUUGAAAGCCUGAGCCUGCACGAGCAGAUCUACGGCAUCCUCCAUCCCGAGGUGGCUCGCGUGUACUACGCCUUGUCAACGUUAUACUACGGCCUGGAUGAGAAGUCAGCAGCCGUGGAGCUUGCCAAAAAGGCUGUCAUUGUUUCGGAGCGGACGUUGGGCGUUGAUGAUGCCGAGACUGUUCUUGCAUACCUGAACCUGAGUUUGUUUGAGCAUGCCAAUGGUAACACUCGGCAAGCUUUGCUAUACGUCCGUCACGCCUUGGACCUGUGGAAGGUCGUCUAUGGCAUUCGUCAUCCGGACUCCAUUACGACCAUCAACAACGCGGCAGUCAUGCUCCAGACACUGAAGCAGUUUCACGAGUCGCGACUCUGGUUUGAGGCUUCCCUGGAAAUAUGCGAAGACGUGKCCGGUAAGCUGUCCGUAAACACGGCAACGCUAUUAUUCCAGCUUGCGCAAGCGUUCGCGCUGGAGAGCGACAGCAAGGCUGCAAUGGAGAAGAUGCGCGAGAGCGCUAGAAUUUUCACUGCCGAGCUUGGAGCGGACGAUGCAAACACCAAGGAGGCUGAGUUGUGGUUGAGCAGGUUCACCGCUUCUGCCGUGAGCCAGGCAAAGCAAGCCAAGCAGGCGAGCUUGCUACUGCAAAAUCGAAACAGCAUCUUGCGCAACGGCGCGCGAACGUCGAGAGUCACACCUGGCACAAGGCAGCUCCCACCCAUUGGCCAGACUACGGCCGCUGUCUCGCAGCCUCUGGCAGCUUCAAAGGGAAAUGACAACAUUGAUGAUCUGGUGAAGUACAUUGACGGUGGCAAGGAGGCUAAGCCAUCCACGCCAAAAAACAAGACGACAAACCCGAAAAAGCGGAGUCAAAAGGCGUAA